AUGUCAAGGGAGAGUUUUUCGAAAAUAAGGGAGAGUCAUAAAAAGACCGACGAUGGCCUAACUUGCGCUCCGAUUGGCUUCAUAAUGGACGAAAUCGAACCUCACUGUGUAUACACUGCAGAUGAAAUGCUGUUAGAGGGUCUGAAGCUUGCUGGCUACAAGGAAGAGAGAGUGGCUAACUGGAAAGAAAAGAGCAAGGUGGACAAAUUUCGUAGUCGAUACGGUUCUGUUCCGGUUGUCCUUUGCGAAAUUUGGGAGGACCUCCAAACAACAGAGGAUCUCGAGACCAGAAUUCCUCCAAAGAAGCUUAAGCUUAACUACUACCUCAUGGCGCAUCAUUUCCUGAAGCGAUAUCCAGUUGAAACCGAGCGCGAAAGCGCUUACCAAAGCACAGCGAAAACACAAAGAGAGUGGGUUUGGUAUUACGUCAACAAAAUUGGAAGGCUGCAUAUAGAAAAAAUUGGAUGGGGAGAGGAGGAAGAAGGUGAUGACAUUUGGGUUUGCACUGUCGAUGGUACGAUGUCACAGGCGUACGAGCAAAUGCAUCCUGACAUCGCAAAGGAUCCGGCAAUGUUCGAUUUCAAACAUCAUACCGCUGGGUAUAACACCGAGAUUGUGCUCUCGAUCUUCAGAAGUCAAGUGCUUCAAUUUCGGCCUGCUGAAAAGGCAGGAGAUUGGCCUGAUCGUGUGAUCUUUCGGGACAAUGGUGGGCUCCGUGAUAAGUUGCGUGCGACCGAGAAGAAAUGUAUCGCUGAUGGAGGGUAUCAUGCAAAGGAGGACAACGAUGUGCUUAGCACACCAAAUGGCCAUGAUCACCCCAGUGUCAGAAAGUUCAAGUCGAGAGCUCUGAAGCGUCACGAGAACUUCAACAGCAUGUUGAAAUCUUUCAAGUGUUGUGAUGACACUCACCGUCAUGGCCAGUUUAGGUUGCAAGAGUGCAUUACUGCUGUUGUUGUCAUCUGCCAAUACCAAAUGGAAAAUGGCAAUCCACUUUGGAAUAUCUACGCUGGUGAUAUGUAA